AUGCAUUUCAUGGUAGGCCCUGCAGCAAGCCGGGGUCUGAAGGCCCUAGGCCUCCACAGCACCUCCCAGACCCUGUACACUGUCUUCUUACUAGUACUGGUCCUGCUGAGCCUGGUUCUUGGUAAGAUCAUUUCUGCUGAGCGCCCUCCUCAGCCACUUGUACUGCCCAAGUACCUGCACUGCUAUCGAUGUCUCUUGGAGACCAAGGAGCUGGGGUGCCUUCUGGGAUCCGACAUCUGCCUCACAUCAGCAGGCAGCAGCUGCAUCACUCUGCACAUAAAGAACAGCAGCGGUUUUCACGUCAUGGUGAGUGACUGCCGAAGCAGGGAGCAGAUGAGUGACUGCUCCCACACCCACCCUUCCCCGGUGUUUGGCUUCUGGAGGUACUCGAAGUGCUGUUUCUGGGAUUUCUGCAAUAACCCUCAAAACAGAGAGAUCAGCAUGCAUUAG